AAAUUAUUAAGGCAAGCUUAUUGUUUUUCCUUUAUCAUAAUAUCGAGACUACUAGAUCUAGAUUCUAGGAUCUAGAUUUACUACUUUUAAGAAUGGCCUUGACUAAUCAGUCUAAGAAACAUUUGAAUUUUCUUCUAGACUCCUUACAAGAACAGCAGGACAACCUUCAAACUCUUGUAAUAAAUUAUGUUAAACAAAUAACCAAACAAACGAGAGAAUGGUUGGGUCAACAAUCUGACAGUCUUCAGCUAACAGAAAUCAUGGCCACAGUAUCGUCUGCUAACUCUGCUUUACUUCAGACCAUAGAGAUUAUAUCCAGAUCUGGCCAACACUUAUAUAUCAAUCAAACAGAGGAAGUAUCAACAAAAACAGCAGAAACAGUAUCAGAACAACAAGAGAGUACAAUGACCCAACCUGUUUCAGAAGAUUCUCUUUCCUUUAUAAAAUCAAGACUGGAUUCAGUUGAAAAAUCUAUUUUUGAACUAAAAGAAACAACUCUAGCUAUUCAAUCAGAACAGUUGGAUAUACAUGAAUGGAAAACUAAUAUUGGGAGAAAAGUUACUAAACUUUCUAAAAGACAAAAACAGGAUCAAAAUAACAUUGAAAAAACAAUGGAGAUGCAAGAAGAUGUGCAAGCAUUAAAUGAUAAUAUCACUGAGUUCAAAAGCAGGAUGAAAUAUUUAACUUUAUCAGUGUCGAAGAAUGAUGAGAAUGUAAAAAAAGAGAUCAAAUCACUAUCAGAGAAGACAGAGAGUUACAUCAAGGUGACAGAUAAAACUGCAGGUUUUGUGGCCAAAUUGCUUGAAAAAGAUACUACAGAUGUCAUCACAGAGAAGUUGGACAAGUUAAAUUUACAGUAUGGUGUUAUGUGUAACAUUGUGCAGCAGAGACUGACACCCAUAGAAAAGAUGGUCAAAUGUUACCAGUUAGGUCCUACAAUUAGAGGAGAGAAUUCAAGGAAGCUUCAAGAUCUGAAAACUGAAUUUUCACAUAUGAGUGAAGAAUUGCAAUCUUUAUCACUCCACAUAACAAAAACGGAACCCAAGAAGUCAGAACCCACCACAUCCAGUGCUAAACAUAAGAAAAGGAAAUCAGCAACGAAGGCAGAUGACAUUGAGGACCCAUUUAUGGACGAUGAAGGAUUUGCCAAAACAUUUCAAGAAGAAGAAAUAGGCCUGAGAAGUAGGAGAGCUGGAAAAGAGAUGGAAAAAGACCCAGAUGAGAAGAAGAAACCAUCGCUCUAUUUUCGCCCGUGCCAUUUGUCUGAUCAGUUAGCUGCUGUUGUGGGAAAAAAUGAGAUGCCAAGGCUGGAGGUUGUGAAGACUUUGUGGUCUAUAGUGAAGGAGAGGAAUCUUCAGGAUCCUAAUGACAAAAAAUAUAUGUUGUGUGACGAACAGAUGGAACAUCUGUUUGGAUCAAAGAGAAUUAAGCUGUUUGCAAUGAUGGACUAUUUACAGGAACAUAUAACUGAUAUUCCUUACACCCAUCACCCUAAAGACCCUCCAGGAUUUUCCGCUUCCCUCUACCUAGGUGACCAGCCGACACAGUCUCCUGUAAUAGCCAACUUCACCUGGGUCUCCCACACCUGCCCAUAUUUUAACCCUCUAACUGGCAUAUUCACUGCACCAGUCCCAGGCUUGUACUUCACAAGCCUAGCUGUCAGACUGGAGGAAGCCAGCAAGAUAUGGGUUAAACUGGUCAGACAACAGGGCAUCACCAGGAAGGAGCUGAUAUCCGUGUUUUGUGAAUCGCAAGGCACGACGGGCUCCAACACCUGCUUGAUACACAUGAAUGUGGGCGAUCUUUUGUUUUUGAGGUUGGUCAGUAAAGAAGAAAAAAUUCCUGGGACACUUUACUUUAUAGCUUUUAGGAUUGGUUAA